AUGGAUCCCUUAGGGAAAUCCGCUAUGUUCGUUUCAUUGGUGGAACUGCAUGAUUGCAGCAAUGGUUUGAAGCUCUUGAAGCUCGCCGGUGCGAUACUGGCAAUAUCGCUGUUGCUGUUUAUGAUCAAGUUAUACCAAGCCCGAAUGAAGUUCAGGAGGCUUAAGUCUCAAGGCAUUCCAAUCAUGCCUCAUUCUCUAAUUUUUGGCCAUCUUCCUGUUGUCCUCCAAUUUUACCGGGACUGGGCAUUUGAUGCGAACUUGGUUCAAAGCUUCGGCUACUAUAUGAGCAAAUAUUGGAAGAAGUUCUUCCCAAAUGAAGAAAGAUGUCCUCCCGUCGUAUAUGUCGAUAUUUGGCCUAUGUCAAGGCCCAUGGCAUUCUCUAUGGAGGCAUACGUAUCCAAUCAGAUGUCAAUUGGGACCAGCUUGCCUAAGUCACCUAUGCAUGGUGAGUUCCUUGGACCAAUUUCGGCUGGAAAGGAUCUCAUCUGUAUGCAUGGCGACGAAUGGCAGGAGGUUGAGGCAUUCUCGAACAUGUUAAAGAAUCUUGCCGGCGGCAACGGAGGUUGGGGCCAGGUGUUUCCACUUGAGCAAAUCUCCAGUAACUUGGCAUUCGAUGUUACAGGGAGAAUCCUUCUUGACACACGACUGAACACUCAAUCACUGUAUCCAUCUCAGUUUACUAUUGCUUAUCGAGAACAACUAGAACGUAUGGAAAUUACUUUCAGUCCCCGCAAGCUUCUAUGGAGGGCGACACCGUUUUUUAAGCUGCUUGUGCAGCGCAAGAGAGACGAGCUGUUCCAAAUCCUUCGACCCUCCAUUAUGGAAAACCUGGGUACGCCUAGCAAAGGCGCGCAAACCAUAGUGCAAGCCGCAGCGGAGGAUCUGAAAAAGGUUGCCAGCGCUAAAGGAGAAGACAAAGAUGGUUCUCUGGAUGAAUCCCUGGUCAAGCAUGUGUUCUUCCAUCUGAUGGCCACAUUCUUCGGGGGCGACGAUGCAAUCUCCAUUACACUCCCUCGGAUAUUCAAGCGGCUCCAACAGCACCCCGAAUGUCUCGCUAAAUUGCGGGCUGAACACGAUAGCAUUUUUGGCCCUGACCCAAGAGCAGCUGCCCAGAGACUUCGAGACGAGCCCCACGUCUUAGACUCGCUCAAAUAUACCCUCAGUGUUAUCAAGGAGACGCUACGCAUCAACCCGGCUACAAUCACGAUCCGGGCAGGCCAGCCUGACUUUAACUUUCAUAUUAAAGACUCCCACACCGUAUGGCCGACAGCUGGAUUCGAUCUUUUUGACAGCUCUAUCACCAUCCACAACGAUCCUGCCAAUUUCCACGAGCCCUCGGAAUUCAUCCCGGAGCGGUACCUGGUCCCAGAAGGCGAUGUAUUGCAUCCGGAAAGGGACAUGUGGCGGGGCUUCCAACUUGGCCCUAGGAGAUGCCUUGGACAGGAACUAGCCAUUGUCGUGCUCAAGCUGGUGCUGGUGCUUGUUGUCCGUGAUCUUGACGUUGAGAUGGCCUGGGAAGAGUGGGACCGGCUCCGAGAACAGCAGGGGAUCAAAUUUGACAAGCAAACGGUCGAAGGCGAGCGGAUGUACACCGCUGGGAAGGCAACCGCGCAUCCUAAAGACGGUGCACCGGCACAUGUGAAGAUCCGGAACCCCUCCAAGGAAUGA